AUGGAAAAUGGAACAGACAGCGUGGGUGCCCCUGCCCUUAGUACUUACACCCCAGAAGAGAUGGUACAACAGAUGAAAGAACUAAUCACUGAGAACAAUGAGUUAAAAGAAGCCAUGAAGUUGCAUAACCAAGCUAUGAAGGACCGAUAUGAGGAACUUUCCAUCUGGCGAAAGAAGCAGAAAGAAGAACGAGAAUUUUACGAGUUAAGGUUUAAAGAGGCUAAGCAGUGCUUGCUAGCCAAGUGCAUUGAAAAUGAACAGCUACAGCAACAACUUCAGAGCUUAAAGGAAAAAGAAGAAGGAGCUGAAAUGGAGGGCUCCAUGGCUCCCGAGAAGGAAGCGAGGCAGCUGAAAUCUCAGGUGCAGCGGCUCCAGGCUGAGAAGGCAGAUCUGCUAGCCAUCAUUUCAGAACUGCAGGUCAAGCUGAACAUCUCAACAGACGAUUCCUUUGUGGAGAUUGGGAUGAAUGAAGGCGAAGUAAAUAGAACUGCAAAGGAACAGCAAGAGAAUAGUGGUGAAAUGGCCAGUAACAUUGCUACCUACAUGAACAAACCUGUGGAUGAAUCUAAGAAUUUGGAGUCUGAAGAGCUAACUGUGAGCCAGCUGCUCUGCUGCCUUAGAAAUGAAACUCAGAAGAGGGAAAAACUGGAGAAGGAGCUGCAGGAUCACAAAGAGAGACUGUCAGAGUUGGAGAAGGAAGCCAGCAACUGCCUGGAGAGUGGGACACAAACUGAACACGAAGAAGAGGAGAGUUCCGAGGCUGUUGGCAGUGAAGUGGAAACCCUGAAUUUGCAAGUUUGUGCUCUCUUUAAAGAGCUUCAGGAAGCCCAUGAGAAGUUAAAAGAAGCAGAACUGAUUCAGAAGAGGCUUCAAGAAAAGUGCCAAGUACUGGAAAGAAAAAGCUUGGCUGCUGCAUCAGAAUUGGAGGAGAAGCAGCAGCUAAUAUACACCAUCAAGAAACUGGAACUUCAGGUGGAGAGCAUGCAGGCAGAAGUGAAGCUGGAACAAGCCAAGACACAUGAAGAAAAGGCAAGAUAUAGCAGCUUACAGGAUGCAUAUAGCAAACUCCUUCCUGAACUCACUGAGGCAAUGAAAACAAUCAGUGAAAUGAAACUCAAAGAGCUGGACAGAGUGGAUAAAGUUGUGGUGGAACAACUGAAUGCAAAGGUGGAGUUGGCAGAACAAGCCCUUGCUGCAAAGCAGCUCCAGAUAGAUGAAAUGAAGCAGAUAAUUGCUAAGCAAGAGGAGGACCUUGAAACCAUGGCUGUGCUCCGUGCUCAGAUGGAGGUUUAUUGUUCUGAUUUCCAUGCUGAGAGGGCAGCAAGAGAGAAGAUCCAUGAGGAGAAGGAGCAGUUGGCUGUCCAGCUGGCAUACCUGCUAAAAGAGCAGCAAAACCUUGAAGAUCUUGGCCGGAACUCUUUGGCGGAGAUGCAGAAUCGCCACGGAGCCAGGGCACCAGAGCGAGAACACUCACCUCACCUUGUCCAAAGAGGAACUGGUAGUCAAGACUGGCCAGAGCAGCGGAAUAUCUCAAUGUAUUCAUGUCCCAAAUGUGAAGAAAUUCUGCCUGAUUUGGACACACUGCAGAUUCACGUUAUGGACUGCAUUAAUUGAGUGAUGCCCUCCAAUUCUUCAUCUUCUGGAAUUUCACGUGCCAAACACGUGGUUUGGGUUUUUCUCCUGCUCAAAUAACACUCAACUUUACAUCCUGUGAGGAGGUUUUCAGGGUUUUUUCUCAUUAAAUCAAUGGGAAAAGGGUAAAACUCCUACCCUGCCCUAUACUCACUAAUCUUGUUUUAAUCUGCUUUAGGAAAAGAAUUUUUAUAGGUUAACAACAUGGAUGCAUUAAAGAACUCCCAGUGUGUCCGCUGCUAUGAAAUCUUUAAGGAACAUUCCCCUGAUAUGCUCUGCCCUUAUGGCGAGCCCACAGAACGGGGCUGAAUC